AUGGCCAGCUCUACAAAGAAGCGCGUGUCAUACUUCUAUCAUCCCGAGGAAGGGCAUUUUUACUAUGGUCCGGGCCACCCAAUGAAGCCACAUCGCAUGAAAUUGACGCACCAUUUAGUGGUUAAUUACGAUUUGUACCGCAAAAUGGACAUUUUUGAACCACACAUUGCGUCGGCCGAGGAAAUCAAGAUCUUUCACGCGCCAGAUUACAUUGAUUUUUUGCAGAAGAUCAGCCCCAGCAAUCAAAAAGACUUGUCCCCGGAGCUUCAGAAAUUCAACUUGGGUGAAUUGACGGACUGUCCAGUGUUCGACGGUAUCUUUGACUUUUGCCAGAUUUAUUCCGGAGGCACGUUGGAUGCUGUGAGUCGAUUAAACCACGGACAAUGUGACAUUGCCAUCAAUUGGGCGGGAGGUCUGCACCAUGCCAAAAAGUCGGAAGGAUCGGGUUUUUGCUACGUGAACGACAUUGUGUUGGGUAUAUUGGAGUUGCUCAAGUACCACCCGCGUGUGCUCUACAUUGAUAUUGAUGUGCAUCAUGGCGACGGUGUUGAGGAAGCUUUCUACGUGACGGACCGGGUGAUGACAGUGUCGUUCCACAAGUACGGAGACUUUUUUCCUGGCACGGGCGACAUCAAGGAUAUCGGUACCAAGAACGGCAAAUACUACGCUGUUAACUUUCCGUUGCUAAGCGGCAUGAACGAUGAAAGUUAUCAGAGCGUUUUUAAACCCGUGAUUCAGAAGGUUAUGGAGACGUUUGCUCCCUCGGCUGUAGUGUUGCAAUGUGGUGCAGACUCGCUCACGGGAGACCGUCUCGGCUGUUUUAAUGUCACUACACGAGGGCACGGCGAAUGCGUGAAGUUCGUGAAAAGCUUUGGUCUUCCUAUGCUAGUGCUGGGAGGUGGUGGGUACACCAUCCGUAAUGUUUCGAGAGCAUGGGCCUACGAGACGUCGAUCCUGUUGGAUGAAGAAGUGUCCAACAAUAUUCCGUACAACGACUAUUUUGAGUUCUACGCCCCAAACUUUAAGCUGCAUCUGGAGCCGGACCCGGACCUUGAAAAUGCCAAUUCGAGGGAGUACCUAGACGAGUGCAAGAACAAAAUCUUUGAGAAUCUUCGAGCUUUGACUGGGGCGCCAAGCGUUCAGAUGAGUCAAGCACCUCCGACGUACAUGCUGCGAGAAGAAGAUGAAGACGCAGCGGACCCAGACUCGCGUACGGAUAACGACGGAAAACGGUGUCACGAGGCUGAAUUUUAUAGAGAUGACAAGGAUCAGCGAGGAAAUGACGAUGCUGAUACUGGUAACAGCACUAUAGCAGCAAACGGUCCUCAUCAGGAUGAAGGAGCGGACAACACGGCACCGGACGUCAUUCCAAUGGAUGUGGACUAG